CCCAUCAUGUAAUUUUCACUGUAACCGUAGGUACCGCGGUUGUAAAACAGCGGUCGUUUCGCAGUCAUCGAAACUCCGUCGUCAACAUUGUCACGCGGCUGCACGAAAACCGAUUGAAACAAUAAAAUACAUUGCAACCUGUUGGAUAAAACAAACAAUCAAGAUGGAAGCAGAACAGCGACGCGACAACAGAUCCUCGUCAAACGGAGAACGGGCACCUUCAAACAUUGUCUUGGAGUAUUUACCAAUGGUCACCAAAGUUGUAGUAGGCAUUCUACAUUCAAUAUAUGCAUUCAUCAACCUAGCAUUUCUAUGCAUAUACCCAGUAGAAAAAUCUUUAAAAGAUAAAGUUGUACUCGUGACGGGCGCCGGCAGGGGACUUGGUAGGGAGAUGAGCUACCUGUUGGCCAAAGAGGGUGCUAAAGUGGUGUGCGUGGACAUAAACGCGGAAGGCGUCAAGGAGACGGCGGACGUGAUCAACCGCGGACGGACGGGCGCGGACGCGGGAGCCGACUUUUACACGACCAACGUGGCCGAACCGAGCCAGGUGAACGAAUUGGCCAAGGCGGUGGAAGAGAAAUGGGGCAAGGUGGACGUACUGAUCAACAACGCGGGAAUUGUGGCCAGCGCGCCGCUGAUGGACACCACUGAUGAACAAAUUAAGCGCAUGAUCGACGUCAACCUGGUUUCACACUUUUGGAUGCUACGAGCCUUUUUACCGGCCAUGAAGAAGCGCAACGAAGGCCACAUCGUUGCCACGUCCUCGGUAGCGGCAUUCACGUGUGCGGCCAACAUCGUGCCUUAUGCAGCCACCAAAUACGGUGUAACGGGUCUGAUGGCCAGUCUUAGGGAAGAGCUCAGGGCCAACCCGUCGAACAACAUAAAAACCACUACCGUUCAUCCGUUCUUUUUGGACUCUGCUCCAAUAAACGUUAAACAUUGGGAAGUAAAAUCGACGUUGCCAAUCGUUUCCAUUCCUCAAGUUGCCCGUGCAGCAAUUCAAGGCAUUAAAAGAGAAGACGUCAUUGUAACCGUUCCAGAAAUAUUGAGACUGAUCAUGCAUGUAUUAUGGAUUGUGCCUCAGAAAUCAGCUGAUUAUUGGCGAGACGCUUUUAGUUCAAAAAUCAAUAAAGCUUAAUUUGCUUCAAACAUAAAUUAUUGAAUUGAAUGACUUAAAAGUCUAAAUAUUUAUUAUAUUAUGUACAUUUUAAUUAUAGACUUCAUACAGUUUUUCAACAAAUUUUGCUACUUGUAUGCAUAUUAUAGUUAUAAAACUACAAAUAUUUGUAAGUAGUAGUAGCUGUAGUUUCAAUUACAAAUUUCAAAAUUAUAUUCAGUUCUCGGUUUA